AUGGCAGAUGUACCGCGGCUCUUCCAAUUGAGCGGAACAUGCAACAACUAUCCAUGGGGCAAAAAAGGACACGAGUCUCUCGCCGCCAAGCUCUGCGAAAAGACACCAGGGACAGAUUUUACCAUCAAGGAUGAUGAGCCGUAUUCAGAGAUGUGGUUUGGCGACUAUCCAGACUUUCCAGCGAGGGUCUUGGAGACUGGCCAGCCACUUGCCGAGCUGUUGAAGGCUCAUAAAGAGAAGCUGCUUGGCUCAUACUCGAUCGAGACAUUCGGAAACAAUCUUCCAUUUCUGCCAAAGAUUCUCUCAAUAGCCAAAGCUCUUCCACUGCAAAUCCACCCAAACAAAUCCCUUGCAGCGAAACUUCAUGAGAAGGACCCCGAAAAGUUUUCAGACCCCAACCACAAGCCGGAGAUUGCGGUAGCGCUGUCAAAGUUUGAACUAUUUGCUGGAUGGAGAGACAUCAACCAGAUUUCCGCCAUCUUUAAUAUCCCCAGUCUACGGCGCUUCGUGCCAGACGGCACAAAGUCUUGGACUGAUGAAACUUUGAGGGCUGUGAUUCGUGGAAUACUCAAGGCAGACGAACAGACCAUUCAGGGCAUUGAGGAAGACCUAAAGCGACAGUCGCAAGAGGACAUCGAGAGCCUCGGAUACCCAAGCUCCAUGUUUGAGCUUAUUCGCCGCCUGCAAUCGCAAUACUCUGCGACGGAUCCGGGACUACUGGUCGCCGUGCUGUGCAUGAACUUUCUUGUCCUAGAACCUGGCGAAGCAAUCUUUAUCCCGGCUGACGGCAUCCAUUGUUACCUAUCCGGGGACAUUGUGGAGUGCAUGGCCCGUUCCAACAACAUGCUGAGUGGCGGGCUUUGCCCCGUUGCGGACCGCGACAACAUCGAUCUCUUUGCCGAGACGCUUAAGAUCGAUGAAAGCACGCGAGGAGAAAGCCUUAUCUUGCCUGCAAAGCAAAGCAAAGAUGGAGUCAACGGGCAUACCCUGGUGUAUCAGCCGCCCAUUGGCGAAUUCGACUUGGUACGAAUCGACUUGACGGCCGGUUCGGAAGAACAGAUCCAGAGCCACAAGGGCCCGGCAGUCGCUAUUGCGGUUUCCGGAGAGGGCGCCAUUCAGGGAGAUGGGAAAGAGCUUGCCGUUAAGAGCGGGUUCAUCUUCUUUAUUGCAGCAGGAACGGCGGUGACUGUGAAGGCCGAUACGGGCUUGCGGUUGUACGCCGCUGUCAUUCGAUGA